AUGUCAAGGGGUCGUCAGUGCCCUGGGUAUCGAAACUUGUUUGAUGCUGUGCACAAGCUCGACAACCCAGCUUCUACCGAAAGGAAGCUGGCAUCCGCCAAGUCUUCCUCUGGAAGUGGCUCACCAUCAAGCGAUGUCCUUGAAUUGAGAACGCUGACCCGAUCAUCUUUCCAAAGAACACCUGAGUCGGAUGGUGAUGAUUGCAAUGUCUCGAAGGUGGAUGACCUGUCUCUGAUGAUUGUGCCCUCUCGUAACGUCGAAACUGAGUCGAUCUACUGGUUCUUCAGGAACUAUGUCUCAGUGCCCCGGGAUCCGACUACGAACAUCUUCAUCGAGCACAUUUUACCCCUCUACUCCAAUGCUCCAGCGGGCUCCGCAUUGUCCCUAGCGACCAAUGCGAUCGCUUUGGAAAUCAUGCAGAUGUGGUUCUCGCGCACGACGGGUUCGCAUCUAGCAAGAAAAUACUACGGUCAAGCCAUGCUCCAACUGACCGAAACACUUCAGGAUGAAGUUGAAAGUAAAAAUGAUGACACCCUUGCAACGGUGUUCAUGUUUGACUUCUACGAUGGUCUCCGCAAGCGAUUUGCGGGUUUCAUCGAUAGUGGUGCCCACCAAACAGGCGCAAUUGCACUUUUACGACACCGAGGCAAGAAGAACUUCGAGAAUCCUACAGCCAGGCGGAUGUAUACGGCGAUAAGAAGUCGGCAUAUCAGCUACGCCCUGGAGCAUUGCAAGAAGGUCAUGUUGGAACCCCACAUGCUAGACGAGGAUGAGACGCAACAGCCCGCUACACAAUUAGAUUUUGUCAAUGCUGCUCUUGCCGAACUCAAUGUGUAUGCAGAAGCAGGCCCCAAGGCGGCUGGGAUAAACACAUUGGAUUUCUACCAGCUCAUCAUGGCGAAAGCACUCCUACUCGAUCGAAAACUCCAAGCUUGGCGAGCAUCACUGCCACUAUCAUGGCAGCCAGUUGUGGUUCCGAUCUCGAAGGUGCAUCCUUCAAUACGCGCUGCCGGGGUUUAUAAGGAUAUGGUUGAGGUCUAUUCCUCACUCGAAGUAUCACAUGUGCACAACGCAGCUCGUAGCUCCCACUUCAACCUGCUCCGAAUGAUUGAAUUAUGCCAACGAGAAUCUGAGGCUCAGGGACAACUUCGUCUGGAGCCAGACCUACAAGCAUAUCUCGAUCAGCAGACGCAAACAAUCAUUGACGGUUUCUGCGCAUCAAUUCCAUAUCACCUUGGAAACCGCACUGUCCUGACACUUCCCCAUGAACGCUGCGAGUACCCGCCAGUGCCCCCAGAGCUAAGGCGACUUACCAACUACGUCGACGCCAUGGGCCACCAUACCCAAAUGACGAUGAAAGACCACUCGCGCGCAGCAGCAGCCAUAGGUGGGUGGUUUUUGAUAACUCCCUUGGUCGGAUUUUUGUCCACGCCGUUGAUGACACGUACGAAGAUUGGACCACCUCCGACUCAUUUCCUAUCCAAGAUUCGGCCUGGUCAAUUGGAAUGGAUCCGAUCGCAGUUGGUGAGGAUAAAGGAGAUAUACUUGUUACCCCAGGAUCUCGAGGGCGGUACACCUCGCAUGAAGCAGGCUGAGAUCCCACCCAUACCAGGGCCAGACACCGGAAAGGCUUGGAAAAGGCUGCUGUGGGCGCUCUAG